UAGAAAGGGGCAGUUGAGUCAACAUUUGUUGUUGUUGUAACUUACGCUGCGCCCACUCCCUGUCUCACAGUCUGGUCCGCGGACCAGCGGCGUGUUUGUCUCGGUGUAGGCUGAAGUCUCUUCACCGGCGGAUGAAUGGCAAUGACUGCAGUGAGAGCGGUGGCAGCAGCGGGGGGCCCGGCGUCUUUGUCCCGGUUUAGGGGAGCGCUGGUCGCGGCUGUGCUCGGUGACUGUGUCGGCGGAGAGUUUGAAGGAGCGGAGGAGGUUCCCAUGGAGAGUGUGCUGCAGCACCUGAACAGCCUGGACGAUGAGACUAAAGGAAACGGCAUUCUUGAAUAUAGUGAUGACACGGCAAUGGCUCGUUGUGUGGUCCAGUCCCUACUCACCCGUACCGGUUUUGAUGAGCAGGACAUGGCCCGCAGGUUUGCUAAGGAGUACAGUGCAUCUCCUGGUCGUGGUUAUGGUUCUGGGGUGAUCCAGGUGCUGAAGAAGCUGUCCUCCCCCCAACUCAGUGAUGUGUACCAGCCAGCCAGGGACCAGUUUAAUGGUCGGGGCUCCUUUGGGAAUGGGGGGGCCAUGAGGGCGGCUCCCUUCGCACUGGCUUUCCCUGACCUGGAUGAUGUUAAAAGGUUUGCUCGCCUGGGCGCCAUGCUGACCCACUCCUGCUCUCUGGGUUAUAACGGAGCAGUGCUGCAGGCGUUGGCUGUGCACCUCUCCCUGCAGGGGGCGCUAGACUUACCUCAGCAGUUCAUUAGCAGGCUAAUCACAGAGAUGGAGGAAGUGGAGGACGAUGAGGCGACACGCAGUGAUGCCAGAAUCUUGAAGGAAGCAGACAAGCCAUUCUGUGAGCGCCUCCACAGAGUUAGAGACCUGAUGGACAGGAGCAAGGUCAGCAUAGAGGAGGUCAUCUCUGAACUGGGUAAUGGCAUCGCUGCACUCCACUCAGUCCCCACGGCCAUCUUCUGUGUCCUCCACUGCCUGCAGCCCCGGGAAUGCCUUCCGGAGAACUACGGCGGCCUGGAGAGGACAAUAGCGUACAGCCUGGCCCUAGGAGGGGACACGGACACCAUCGCCUGCAUGGCCGGGGCCAUCGCCGGGGCUCACUACGGCAUCGAGGCCAUUCCACAGUCCUGGAUGAAGUGCUGUGAGGGGGCAGAGGACGCGCACAUGAACGCGGAGCGGCUUCACAUGCUGUACCACCAGUCGUCACAGGGGGGCGGGAGUGGGACAGGGGAGAAGAGCUGUGCAAACGGUACAGAGAAGAAAACUGAAGCAGAGUAAUGCUUCAAAUGGAUUUUGACAAAAGGACCCUCAUACACAGAAACAGAUUAAACAUACACAAGAGACACUUUGUCAUUUUCCAUUUCAGACUUUUUUUGUCUGCAGAUGCAAACACUUUACAUUAUACCCAAUCCCCCUGUCCUUCCCUUUCCUGUUUUGUGUUGAACAAUCUUUUGUCAUGUGAAAUUGCACUAUGAAUUGGCCAUGUGUUGUUAUCCUUUAUCCUUUUGGUGGAUAACAAUUAUUUAAUAAACUUUUUUUUUUUUAAAUUCA